AUGGCUGAGUCCGAUCCUGUUCCUGAACACUUUGUGCAUCUGUCCGUCGAUUCCAUGAGACAAGUCCACGUCAGCUUGAUCCAAUCGCUUCCCUUCGCUUCCCUUCGCUUCCCUUCGCUUCCCUUCGCUUCCCUUCGCUUCCCUUCGCUUCCCUUCGCUUCCCUUCGCUUCCCUUCGCUUCCCUUCGCUUCGCAUGCCAAUUCGAUUCCCGCUUUCCUCCGCUUCCUUGUUUCUGUUCCUGGCGUUGGCCAUCUUUUUGUGUCGCUCUUCUGUCUUUUCCACACUGAGCAUCACCACAAUACCUGCCUUUCCAAUCCAGCUGCGUUCCUGACACUACAGCCAAGCAAGCCAUCACCGCGGUUCUCCCACGGGAGACCACAGGCGCUUGUCCAGUCUGCAACCGGAGUCCGACCUUUUCUUCUCCUAACGGCUAAUACUACGGCAACCUCUGGCUCAUCUUGUCCAACGGACCGUUCGAGUCAUGCAAAAGUUCCUUCCGGCUUUUCGUCUCAAUCUCCAGCCUGCUUCCUUGUCUUCUUAAUUGAAAUGAGAGACGCUGACCCUGGCCACUGCAAUGAUCCCAUAUGUCGCCAUGGGUUUACCAUACUGCGAGGCAAUGCGAGACUGUUUGAGUCGAUCGCAGACUGA